AUGGACGGUCUUUAAGGCCUUCACACGGAAUUACUGUUAAGCCUGUAUCGAAUAUUGAAGAUUAGAGGAUUAGAGGAGUCGAAAUUAAAAUUUGACAAGUCAGUUAACUGCGACUUUUGCCUCACAUCGUUUAUUAAAAGUUCUCUGUUCUUUUUAGCUAAACUGAAUUGGUGCAAUAAGUUAGAGUGAAACCAAGCGAAACAAAAUAUAUUUGUCUCAUUCUAACUUAUUGCAUUAGUGCAGGUGAAAAGAACGGACCUCAUGUUUUCGCAUGCCGCGUCAGAUUUAUUUGUUGUAUAUUUUACGAGUUUCAUCGUACUCCGCCUGUGAUCAAAGUGCUUCAGUGUUAGAAAAAUGCGACUGCACGCAACACGAGAUCUGAGCACAUAACAUUGUUGUGCCGUAUUGUUCAUGAGACCGAGACGAUAAUUAGUGGCGCAGGCCAAUUUGAUCUAACCUCACCGUGACGUAUAAUCGGCCAAAUGUUAAUGUACAGUUUACUACAUAAUAUAUUUUUUCCUAGCAGUUUUUAUGGCCACGUGAAAAGUUUGAUUUCUAUUGUAAAUAUAGAACGGCUGCGUCGCCCGAGAUCACUGACGUAAUUUUUAAUUACGAGUCCGUAACGUCGGUAACGUUAUACGUCGUGGAAAAUGAGCGAGACCACGCCGGUAAAUGACGUACCAGAGAGCAAUGGCACGGUUGAGCAGCCUGCUUACAACGGAGAGACAGAGGAACACGCCAACAAAUCUCCAGUAAGCCUAGAAGACAAGGCGCCAGACCUGGUAUCUGACAAUAGUGCAAAGAAAAACACUACUGGCAAUAGCAAUGCAACGAGUAGGGCAAAGAAACGGAAAAAGACUCCAAGAGAUGCCACUGCCCCGAAGCAACCACUUACGGGUUAUUUUCGGUUUUUAAAUGAUCGGAGGGAGAAGGUCCGAAACGAGAAUCCCAAUCUUUCUUUCACAGAGAUCACAAAGCUCCUGGCUUCGGAAUGGAGCACGUUACCAUCUGAUCAGAAGCAGCAAUAUUUAGACGCUGCCGAGCAAGACAAGGAACGUUACAAUCGUGAAAUUAGCGACUACAAGCAAACGGAAGCGUAUCGUCUGUUCACUGAGAAACAGACGGAAAAGCAAAACGAGAAUAAGAAAGAAAGGAACGGCACUGCCGUAAACGCCGAGUCAAACGAUGUACAACAAGACAAGGACAAUGAUUUCACGGGUUUUGACAUCCCUAUUUUUACAGAAGAAUUUCUGGAUCAUAAUAAAGCUUGUGAAGCUGAAUUGAGACAGUUGCGGAAAGUCACAUCCGACUACGAGAGUCACAACGCGGUUCUCCAGCUACACGUCGACACUCUGCACACCGCUGUGAACGAGUUGGAAUCCGAGAUAUACCAGCAGCGAACGACCAACCAAGCUCUACAACGUCACUUGGACACUCUUCGGUCGCAACUGGCCACCUGCUUCGCCAACAUACCGCUCCCAGAGACACAUAAUGGCGCUACAUUACAAAAUAUCGACGGUUACUUCGAGAGACUCGAAUCGCUGUUGAAUGGCAACGCGGAGCAAAGUCUACGCAAUGCCGUACGCAAUGCCAUAUCUCGUCUCGAAUUAAUUGGAUGACGAUCACCUCCUGGCAGCACGACUAGUACAUCGUUAAAACAUCAUCGCUCGAAGCAUCCAUAUCGAAAGUAGCGAGAGAAUAGGUGUAUACAUAUAGGUGUGUUUGGGCGUGUAUGUUGGUUUUCGACAGUUCGUCAAGUCUACUUUCUUAUAUUUCUUAUACAGAAUGAUCGCGUCAAUUAUGUAAGUGGAUUUAUAUCGCAGCUGAUUAUUGUUUUUGUAGUAAUUCUAUGGCGUACACGCGACAAUAAUUUAAAUCUCAUUUUAUAUAUCUAUUUCGUAAUUGAGGAGUGUGUUUUAUGUAUUAUAUGUAUGAAAUUUAAUGUUAUUUUGCUGAUAUAUACACAUAUGUAAUUUUUUUUUUUUUUCUUAUACCUCGCAAUACUAAAUGAAUUUAUAUACGUUUCUGUAUAUGAACAUGGUUGCAUGCUCAUUAAAUCCAAAUAGUAUCUUGAAUUAUCAGUCAGAACUUAUAGGAAAUCUAAACUGUCAUUGUUGAGGAUAUUUAGCGCUUAUUAAUAAAUUUUGUAACCUUAUCACAA